AUGCCUCAGCAAGAGACUACGAUACGGCAUUCCGUGCCAGUCGCUAAUCGCAGUGUGAAGGACAAUACCAAACCUCAACCUCCCAAAACCCUACCAGCUCUCAAGUCAAUUGACCAGGUAGAGUUGAACAAUUUGCAGGGCGUUAAAGUACUGGAUGGUGCGGGGGUCGUCCAACUAAAGGAUGAUAGUUUUCACGUCUCCCAGGCCGUUCGGGAUGCCCAUAUCGACAAGAUUCGAAGUCUCAGCCAAGAUAAUCCAUCCUUAGGCUCGACUAGUUUUCCAGGGAUAGAGGCAACGCUGGACAGUCCUGCCACAAUGUACGUUGGCUACUUCCAUCCCGAUGUUGUGAAGGCAAUCAAUGCAUCUCCUGAACUGCUCUGCUUUACUCCAAACGUAGUUGUCGAAAAAUAUGUCGUCACUGAAGAGCCCUGCUCUAACUGGGGGGCGUCCAAGGUCACGUUGUCGGAUGUCAGGUUCAACGAGAUCCAGGCUCUUCCAAACUCAUGGGUCAGAGACACAGCAGUCAUGAACAAGAAGGGAGAGAAUGUGACCAUCUUCAUCUUAGACGGGGAAGGUUAUCUGAAAAACGACAUAGAGGCUAAUCGUCCCUUUACCAUCAAUGCCUGUCCAAAGGUCGGUAAUGCCGAAGACCAUUGCACCGUAGUCACCAACAUUGCCUGUGGGCAAGAUCAUGGCAUCGCUCCCAAAGCAAGUGUCAGAAUACACUACUUCUUGGGCACGAUGCCCACCCAAGGGUUUGUGUCAUGCGCACUGUCUGGACUUCGAUGGGCAAUCCAAAACAAAAAGGUGUCCGGUCGUGUCGUUUUGAAUAUGUCUUGGGGGCUUUUUGACCCGGAGCCCGGUGCUGUUCGAAUCGCAUCAGGCAUUCUUCAGCAGUUGAUAAAAGAGUACAACAUCAUUCCGGUGGCUGCAGCUGGAAAUAGUGGAACAUGCUUGUCUAGAACAUCCAAGGCCUGGCCGCAAUGCGAGCCCGGAGUGAUAGUUGUCGGUAACACAGACAAGAAGGGUGAGAUGAACAAGCAAUCAUGCUAUGGGCCAUUGGUGGACGUCUACGCACCGGGUACGGAUAUAGCAGUGCCAGGUAGCAGCUUGACCAAGUCAGGCACAUCGUUCGCCGCGCCAUUGGUCUCCGGUUUUCUGGCCAAUCUUCUCUCGUCCGAAGGCCAGGAUAAUAACUUCGCGACAAUCAAUUCUCAAGAACUGUGCAAAAUGCUACAAGAGAGUUUCUCCGUUAAGACAGAUCAAUGGAAAGCCCCGAAUCUACUAUUUCCGGGUGAUGUACGAACCAUUACAGCACGCAUGUCAAAGCCAGACUUUGACACCCUCACCAUUACUUUGACCAAAAGUAACUAUGGGAUCAAGCCUCCACGAGGCACAAAGACACACAAGACGAGCCUCGAUGAUCUGCUGAAGAUCUUGGCCGCAGUCAAAGAAAAGAAGCAGGAUGAGUACGAGUCACUCUUGAAUAAGCGUGCUGGGGCCGAGAACUGGGAUGACAUCCCCGGAUUCAAGAACUCAUGGGGCGACUUGAAAAGGUUCAAAUGCGAAUACGACGUUCAAAACGAGACUACGGCGAACGAUAUGAUUCGCCAAAUGUCACAGUUGUCACUUGACUCGCCAGGGGUCUGUAGCUGGACCGGCGUCCUCAAGCCAUGA